UCUCUCUUUCUGCUUAUUGCUGCCCUGUACUGAGCCCUUUCUUCUGCCAUGGCCUUCUGUCCUACUCAGACCCUGAAGAGUGGAGUCAGCCAGCCAUCUUCCGGACCUCUGAAUUAUGGAGCCCUGCAAAGUAGCAAAGAGUGAACAUCUGUAACAUUUAAUCAGCUACAGCAACUGUACCUUCUGUUUGACCAAGAAAAUGAAUACCCUCGUGGGAUUGUUCAAAAUUCCAAAGAAAAUUGUGCUUGGGAGUUGGCAAUCUGUAUGUUCUAAAUUUGAGUUCUUAAUAGCCUCUCCUUCUGCAGCACGAGCACAUAUCCUUGGGGUUGCCCUUCCUGGGUCACCAAAGAAGCAGCGAGUCUCUCCAAUGUACCAUGGCAGCCUCUUCUCACUCUAUCUCUGUCUCCAGGUUGCAGGGGCAUUCCAAAUCCAAGGGCCCCAUGAGCCUGUGGUGGCUGUGCUGGGUGGUGAAGCAGAGCUACCUUGCUUUCUCUCAUCUCAGCAGAGUGCUGAGAACAUGCAGAUAAGCUGGUCCCGCUCCCUGUCCUCCCAGAUUGUACACCUGUACAAGGAUGGGAGCGACCAACCCAAGGAAGUCAUGGAGGAGUACUCAGGGAGGACAAAGCUUGUGAGAGAUGCUAUCAGUAAAGGCAUUGUGGUCCUGAUAAUCUUCAACAUCCAAACCUCUGAUGAUGGACAGUAUUACUGUGGGUUCCAGCAUGACUCCUUCCACAGUGAUACAUUGAUCGAACUGAAAGUGGCAGCUCUAGGCUCAGCUCCUCACUUCCACAUGGAGGUUACUGAGACCAGAGAAACCCAACUGGAGUGCAUGUCAGAAGGCUGGUUCCCUAAGCCGAAGGUCCAGUGGAUAAAUUCUCAAGGAGAAGAAAUUCCACCUGUGUCUGAGUUUCAGACCCAGGACCAUGAUGGACUGUUCCAUGUAACCACAUUUCUCCUAUUCAGAGAUUCUGCAAAGGCGAACCCGACAUGUUCCAUCUGGAACCCAAUCCUAAAUCAGAAAAAAGAAGGGCAAGUGUCCAUAGCAGUUGCCGAGCCCUCCAGUUCCCAUCAAGUCAUAAUAGGAGGCACUGUUUUGCUAUCUACUUUGAUAUUGUCUGCUGUCAUAUUCAUUGGACUUUACUUAUAUAAACAGAGACAAGGAGCAAGGAAAGUUCCAGUCCCUGUAACCAGACUAUCAGCCAAGAGGGUUGAAGAGGCAGAGAAAAAGGAUUCAUGUGAACAUAUAUUGACAUCAGCAAGUCCCUGAAAGGAACCCCAGGAAGGACCAGACAAAGACAUAUAUACGACCCACUCCAGAGCUCAAGACCAGGACCUAGGUCAGGCCCAGGAUGUUCAACAUCUCUAGCAAUUAGAGAAAUGCAAAUCAAAACUAC